AUGUGCAUCGCAUUAAUCUCAACCGCCCACCCAUCCUACUCCCUAAUAAUCAUCAACAACCGAGAUGAAUUCCUCCACCGGCCAACCUCAGCUCCAGACUGGUGGCCAGCACCAAACACACACGUCCUCGGCUCACGCGACCUCGCGCGCGCCACGCAAGGCACCUGGAUGGGGAUCACAACGCACGGCAAAGUCGCCGUGCUAACAAACUACCGCGAGCAAACCUCCAGUGAAGCCAUCGGGACACACAGCCGUGGCCGGAUCGUCAACAGCUGGCUGACAACACCGCCGGGCGAGCGGCAGACCACCCACGACUUCGUGCAGAGCGUCUUUGCCAGUCCCGAGGCGAAGCAGGUGGGCGGGUUCAGUCUUGUCUGUGGGUAUAUCAAUGAACCGCUGGCUAUUGUCUCGAACCGCUCGGAAGAUAUGGAUCAUAUUACCUGGGUGGCGAGGGAGAAGAACACGACGCGUGGAUUGAGUAAUACCAGCAUGGAUGAUCGGUCGUGGCCGAAGAUUGUUGAUGGCGAGAGAUAUAUGGAGCAGGCUAUUGCGGAGCAUGUGGAUAAGGGGGAGGAUGAGGAGCAGCUAAUAACCCGGCUCCUGGAUGUCCUCAGCAUCGACACUCUACCCCGUCUAACCAAACUGGAAGACGCCAGCGUCGACACAUAUAUCAACCACCUCCGAAAAAGCAUCUUCAUCCCCGUGAUCGGCGCCCACAGUGCGCAUGAACAAGCCGCUGGGGAAGUUGACGCCACGUUCGUCGGGGACGAGUCCAAGAACCCUGCUGCUGCGCAGGCGAAUGGGACGAAUUACUCGACUGGUGUGUAUGGCACACAGAAGCAGACGAUUCUCCUGGCCCAGCCGAAUGGUCGGGUGCGGUACUUCGAGCGCACGCUCUACGGGAACGAGGCCAAGGCCGUGCCUAGGGGAGAGGGUGAUCGGUCCUUUGAACUUACUCUUGCGCGGUGA